AUGGCAGGUACGACGCACGCUUUCCCCGCUCUCGAUCGCGAGCUCACCUUCCCCGCAGACUUGAAUAGCAACAACUCCUUCGACUCGGGUGCGAGCCUGAUGUCUAACUUCAACAACGGAGUCUUCUCUAUGGACUCGGUGUCCGCAUUCACGGCGAUCAACGAUCCUUCAGUUGCCGCCGGGUCUACGCGCACCGUGUCCCCCAAGGACAUCUUCAAUGAUGCCUUUGGGUCUGCACCCCCUUCUGCGGCGUUUACCAACUUAACUUCCCCUGAUAUUGGUGACUCCCCUUUCAUCAACGAUAGCUUCGAGUGCUCCCCGAUGUUCAACGGCGAGCCUGUUAUUUCCGAUACGAGCGACUGGUUCUCCUUGUUCCCUGAGCAGGAGACCAAGGUUCCUGAUACUGUCUACGCACCUGCCAUCUCCAUGCCCAUGGACCGCACUAUCAGCAGCCAGUCUAUGGAGCGAUCCGGUUCUUCCAGCACCGGCUCUCCUCUCGUUUUGGACAACUACUCUCGACGAAAGUCAUCCGUCACCAACUCACCUGCAAUAAACGGCAUCAGCAAGUCUCGUCGGCGCAAGGGUCCUCUGCCCAGCAUCACCGUCGAUCCUAGUGACAAGAUCGCCUUGAAGCGAGCACGCAAUACUCUUGCUGCUCGUGAGUCGCGUCAAAGGAAGUUCGACCAUGUCAGCACUCUCGAACAGCGCAACUCUGAGCUCGAAGCUGAAGUCGAAAAGUGGAAGAGCAUUGCUAUGGCUCAUGGAUACAGCGGACAAUGA